UGUGGACACGCCUGUGUUUGAACAAGUGCUGUGGAGGUGUAAUCACACAAGAGACACUCUCUCCAGGAUCUGAGGAAAAGAACUUGACGCUGCUGUCUGGCACAACGCUGGUGCGAAUCUCUAAAAGUCAAGAUGCCUGAAACAGCAGAGGCUGUGUCCGCCACAAUUACAACCAACAGGCACUGCACCAUAGAGAUAACCAAUAUCAGCGGCAGCUACUGUCUCAUUAACCCAAAGGUUUUCAUGACAAGUGGCUUUUCGUACCACCCACCCCAGCCCACAGUUCGCACCCAAAAGACAGAAGUGUGCUCCUUCACUAAGGAUGACAACACCGCCACCGGUGCGGUCGGAGUGCUGACCUAUGACCUGUUCCACAUGCAGAGCCGGGUUUGUUCGGAGCGCAUGGCCAUCAUGUUCUCCGUGCCUUUCGACCACAACAUUUACAAGAACCGGCUGGCUGUGGGUGUGGUCGAGCAUUCCCGGGCCUGCGACAAACAUCUGUACGACCAGAUGUAUGAUGGGAAAGAUCUCAGCAACUUCACCCGCUCUGAUGCAAGCGGGUGUGGGCUGGAAUAUAAAGCAGCACAUGUUGAUUUAAGAGCCACAAUGUCUACAACAGGCAAAGCUAUUGUUAAAGUGGAGCUGUAUGAUAAAAUGGGCCAUUAGUGUGCAGGUCAGAUGGGUUUUAUUCUUAAGCUCUUUGUUGGUUUUGAGUCCAUAGAGUGAAUAGAAUCUCUUUGAUGUGACCACUGUCGUCAUCUUGAAAUAAAAAAAUAAAAAAGUGCAUUCAGGAGAGGAAGACUGAUUUUGCUGUCAUCUGUAUUUUGCGUCUGCUGAGAGAUAUCAAUAUCUGACAGCCAGCUCAUUGAUUUCCCAUUAGCUAAUGUCUUGGACUCAUGUACGUUGUACUCUCUCUUCUCUUUGAUUAUGGUAAUAAAACAUUCAGACCCAAUG